GAAGAAGGAGAAGGAGAAGGAGGAGAGAGCGGUGCGGAAGUUUGAUGCUAAACUUUUUCAACCUUUUUAAAUUUGAAAAGGAAUGUGUUUAUUUAUUAUUUAAAACGGUUGUCUGACAACAAAACAAAAGGAACCACUGCUAGCCCGGAAAGAUAGCCGCGCAGCCUGCAUUGCAAUACAAACAGACGCACCAGCAUGCCGUCCUUUUCAGAAUGGAGUCGCAGUUUUCAGGGUUAUUACUUGAUCAAAUUCACCUUGAAUGUUUAUUCCAUGAUGUUUUCGCUGCUGGGGCUGCUGGUCCUGUGUGUGGGGAUCUACGCGGAGGUGGAGAGGCAGAAGAACAAGACCAUGGAGGGGCUGUUCCUGGCUCCCGCCGUGGUGCUCAUCCUGCUCGGUCUGGCCAUGUUCAGCGUCUCCCUGGUGGGCAUGCUGGGCUCUCUGCGGGACAACCAGACACUGCUGCACAUUUUUUUCUGUGUUCUGAGUGUGUUGCUGGCGUUGCAGACCAUCACUGUGAUCAUCGCUCUGCUCUUUGAGAACAAUACAAGCUCCGUGUUUCAGAGCAGUAUUCGCGAAGGGAUUAAGCAUUACUACGAUGAUCUGGACUUCAAGAACAUCUUGGACUUUGUACAGGAAAAGUUCUCCUGCUGCGGGGGGGAUGAGUACCGUGACUGGGCGGUGAAUCAGUACCACUCCUGCAACGGGACGGGCCCUCGGGCCUGUGGAGUCCCCUACACCUGCUGUCCCAGGAGAAAGGUGGAGGGAGUGGUGAACACACUGUGCGGAUACAAGACCCUUGAUAAAGAGCGUCUGCAGCUUGUUGAUGUCAUCUACGUGCGUGGCUGCAUCCACGCGGUGUACCUGUGGUUUGGGGAUAACAUGGGCGCCACCAUCGGACUGUGCUGUGCCCUGUUCCUGCCACAGCUCUUCGGUAUCAUCUUGACCUGUCUGUUCUGGACCAAGCUCAAGGAACUGAGUGAGCACACGGCGGACCAGGUGGAUUUCAAAGCCCUGCGGCGAUCCGAGUUCCAGUACAGCGAGCUUGACCUGUCUGGGGCAGGGUGGUGCCUCUGCCUGCCCCGGGACGGAGGGUACUUGCCUGUCCCAGAAUCCGAACCUGACCUCUGGUCUCCGGAACCUGAAAACCUGGACGAGCCCCCUAUCGAAAUCGUCCCGGUCCCCCGAACCUCACCGGAUCUCUCCAGAACCAAGCAAAAUCUCGGACUGGAUGAAGUGGACUUCAGGGUGUAGCGAGCCCAGGGCUCAGUGCUGUGCCUGUACUGCUGUAAGGGAGUGGCUGUUUCCUGGACUCACGGUUCCUGUAAGCUUGCUCCGUGUCUUCAGUACAGGUUCACGUACAGUAAGCCUUAAGCAGCGGCCUGAAGCCCAUUCUCCUGAAACCAGGUUCCAAGCCGCAAUGUGGCUUUGUGUUCCCUCAACUUUAGAAGUGCUGCAAGUAUCAUAAUACUUGGCAAUUUUUAAAAUUUAUUGUCAAAAAGGGACUGAUUAGUGCGAAUGAGAGAUUUUUAGCAGAGCGGAUCUUUGCCAUUUCAGGUCUGUUGUUUGUCCAGGGUUGGGUUCACGAACGAGGAACUGAAAAGUGACCUUUCAUUUAAAUUGACCAACAUUCUAGAAUUUCCGAUUCGCUCCGUUGCGAUUGGCUUAGCAGGUCCGUUAACUUCAAGUAGAGAUUCGUGCUAAUCAGGGCUUGUGAAACCAAGCGUUCUAGAGAUGUUUCUUUGAUACAGGUGUUUGUACUUUUGAGGUGGGGAGGUGGGUAAGCAUUGAUCUUUUUGGGAAAUUGUUUCGAUGUUACACCCACUCUGCAUGCAUUUUUUGGUUUGUUGUUAAAAUAAGAUAUUUGAUUACAAAAUAACACUGAACGUGGUGUUAAUAUUUUUUAGAUGCUAAGACUAGAAGAAAAGGAUUUAUGCAAAUUCAAUUUUGUUUUUUUACCCAACCUGUAAAUGAUUAAUGUUAUUUAUAUUUUUAUAGGUGAAUAAUUUCAAAUAUGGUUUUGAAACGUGUAAAUGUAGGUUUUUGUCUUCUCUUUGAAUGGUGUGUGGUUUGUUUGUUUGUUUGAUUGUUUUUAAACAGUUUGAAAGAUGGUCUAAUUUGUUAUGGCUGCUGUCAUUUCAGAGAAGCUAAAAUAAUGUACAGGGCAAAACAAAAAAACAAUACUGCUUCCAAAACAAAAGAUUUAAUUUCAAUUCUAAGGUAAAAAAUUCCAAGGAACUGCUCCUCAUGAUUACAGCACACCCUCGCUAUACCGAACCUGUCGGGGUUCAAGCCAAUUAACUCAAGGACAAUUCAAGGACAAUUAAAAUGAACGAUACACUGCUGGAGUAAGUUAAUGAGAUGAGAUUGUGAAUGAAAGUGGAUUUGCAUGUACCUGUUCGUCUCAUGCAUGCCA